AUUCUGUCAUCUCAAUGUGUUAUUUUCACAGAGGUUAUGUUGUACUUAUAAUACAUGUGAUUUAAAAUAGCUUUUAUCUACUUUUUGAGUACAAAAAACUCGUGAUGGCAAGUAAAGUACAUAGAGUUCGUUACUACAAUGCAAAACCGCAACCUAUAAAUUGUGUAUCAUUCAAUAAAACAAGUAAACACAUCGCUGUGGCAAGAGGAGAUGCUUCUCUCGAGAUAUGGGACUUGAGUUACGCGCCGUAUCUCAUCAAGUUCAUUCCUGGUGUGGAGAAUGGUUCUGUAGAAGCACUUGGCUGGGUAAAUGACAGAUUGUUAUCGACUGGUCUCGGGGGAGCAUUGAUUGAGUGGGACCUAGAUAAGCUAUGCCUGAAGACUACAGUGUUACUGACUGGCUAUGCAGCUUGGUGUCUAGACGUGAAUCCAGAUAAUACAUUGGUAGCCGUGGGAACUGAGCAAGGGUAUGUGAACCUGUACAGUGUAGAGAAUGACGAGAUUACUUACAACAAAUUAUUUGAUAAACAAGAAGGCAGGAUCUUGUGUUGCAAAUUCAACAACACAGGAAAUGUGCUUGUAACAGGAUCAAUAAAUACAAUAAGGGUGUGGAAUGUGGCAACUGGGCAUGCCAUAAGCCGCAUGUCAGUGACUCGCAGAGGCAGAGAAGUUAUAGUGUGGUGUCUGGGCAUACUCUCAGACAAUACCAUUGUGUCUGGCGACAGUCUGGGUAGACUGAUCUUUUGGGAUGGUACUCUUGGAGAUCAGAUUGAAUCCUACUCAACACACAAAGCAGACAUACUAUCAGUAGCUGUAUCUGACGAUGAGAAGAGUCUGUUCUGCAGUGGAGUGGACCCUGUCAUCAUGAACUUUAUUAAAGUUAACAAGAACUCUGGGAAACAGUCAGAGGCUCAGUGGGUCAAGAAUGUGCAGAGAAAUAUUCAUGAACAUGAUGUCAGAGGACUUGUCAUUCAUGGUGAGAAAUUAAUCUCAAUUGGUGUUGAUGGCUACCUCACAUUCUCAAGCUAUCCUCCGAAAUGGGUAAUGAGGUUGCCACCUAUGAUACCAGCUCCAAGGUCUUCAAUUUGCAGUCGAAAGAAACUGCUCCUCUUAAGGUACAGCAAUCAUCUGGAAGUAUGGAAACUUGGUUCUUAUGCAACCAACAACAGUGGUAAUGUGUUGGUCACGAACAUUAACACUCAACUAGACAGCCAAACAGAAAACAAUGACCUGGAACAAGACUCAACAAUUGACAUAAUCAACAAAGCAAAAGCGGAAAAUACACAAAAACAGAGUUUGAGACUAACAGACAAGCCUGUGAAACUUCUGUCUGUACAAACUAAAGGAAAGAAGCAGAUACGCUGUUGUCAGCUGUCACCUACUGGGGAACUAGUUGUUUAUUCUACAGCCACUGAUAUCCGACUGUUUAAAUUGGAAACUGAUGAUGAGCAGUCUAACGUAUCUUUAUCUAAAGUUCUGAUCAAUGGCUUGCCGGCCGGUGGAUGUGAACGUGUGGCUUUCACUGAAGACUCCAACAUGUUGCUUGUGCACUCCGCUGGCGUCCUCCAUGUCUUGCAAGUUGAUACGGAGGCUGGAGCUACGCCUGUGCAGACUAUUACUUUAGAUAAAUAUCUGAAAGCAAAGACACUAUUGCAUCUCUUCAUUUCUAAACGAAGUCCAAAUGGUGUCGUAUAUUUAGUUGUAGCGGACACUCAGGGUUCCAUAGCCGUUUGGACGCAAAACGCUAAGAAGUUUGAAUUCUACGUCAGUUUACCGAAAUAUCAAUGUGUGCCAUCAGCUUUGACUGUGGACAGUCAAAAAGAAAACCUCAUCGUGACGUAUGUUGAUCAGAAGAUAGUGGAAUACGAGUUACAAGAGAAGCGGUUCUCAAGCUGGCCGGGCGCCGCGCUGCCGCCUGCGUGGCUGUCGCGCAAGUCGGCCGUGUCGUGCGUCGCCGCGCAUCCCUCGCGCGACGCCGUCGUCUUCCAGGACGAAACCUCACUGUGGAUCAUGGAGAAAACUGCACAGGAAGCUUCAGAACCCGUUGCUAAGAGAAAAUCGAAACCCGGCAGUAAGAACGUUGCUCUAAGAAUCGUACCCAUUAAGUAUUUGGCUGACUUCCACUGGCUGGACACAGAUGAAGCCGUGACGCUGGAAGUGUUACCAGAGAACAUAGUCUCACAGUUGCCGCCGAUCGCCGCCACUAAACGACAUGGACACAUAUGAUGUGAAAUAAAUGUCAUUUAUCAUA